AUGAGGGCAUCCAGGCUGGUGCUGCUUUCGGCAGCCAGUGGUCUGGCCUCUGCCCUGUCGCAGUUCGAGCGCAUCGAUUUAAACAAAAACCCCUGCCCGAGCGCCUGUGACGCCAUCGGGGAUACCUCCAAGUGGUUUACCUACCACAGUGUGGACGAAUUCACCGCCUGCAAUGAGCCACUGUUGCUGAACUUCAACAUCUACACCCCCAUCGACGACGAUUCAACCCACACCACGAUCCGCGCCUGUACCUUGGGCAAUGCAAAAAGUAAGGUCAAUUUCCUUGCAGCCUCUGGCUACGUCGCCCCUGAUGCCCUGGGUGAAACAAACUUUGGCCCGUUGUCGCUGCAACGACGCGAUGACUCCGAUAUGACUGCAAAUGAGGCUGCCUGUGGGGAAGGCCCUGCCAUUGCAUCCAGUGCCACGGCCUCCCGGACACCGUAUGAGACCAGCCGCGAUCCUCUCAGCAGCAAGGCUCCCGAAGACGUGGUUCUUGCUAUAGAGGCCCUCCGACGAAGCCUCAAGGAGGAGACCGCGAGCUGCGGAAAGAAAAUGGUCAUGUUUGCGUAUCUCCAUGGCACGCUUGUCGGUCUCUAUUCCGGAUCCCAGGUCGAUCUGAUGCAGACCUCUGAGUCGAUGCUGGACCAGCUGGUCGCCGCUCUGGAAGAACAAGACGCAGAGUCUGCCACCUCUAGAGAGGCAUUUGACAUAUGUGCGGGUCACUGUACGGCCAGCCACAUCUUCGGCGUCGUUGCGGACCCGGCUGGUGAUUUCAACGCCGUCCAGCGCAUUAUGCAAUCAUGGAAUGACGGCGAGGUUCUGUCCGCACGAUCUGAAGCGAAAGCGAGAAUUCAGUCCGUUGGCCUGCCUUCCCUCUGGAUCUUUCCCAGCAACAAUGAGACGGAGCCCCAGAGACGCAGCCAUGUGCGAAACCUCAAUCCCCGAGCAGAGUGCCGUAGUAUCCGAGUCGAGGGCGGCGACACGUGUCCCUCGCUCGCAACGCGCUGUGGCAUUGGACUUACGGCACUCAAGAGCUUCAACAAGGGGACGACAGACUUUUGCACCAACAUCGAGCCCGGCCAGGCCGUGUGCUGCUCGUCCGGCACGCCGCCAGUCGUCGGGCCCGGUCCCAACCCCGAUGGAUCCUGCAAGUACCACGAGGUACAGCAGGACGAAAUCUGCCAAACAAUUGCCGCCAGCUACGAAAUAACGACGGCGGAUCUGUUUGACUUCAACAAGAAGACCUGGGGCUGGGAUGGCUGCGACCUCCUGGUUGGUCUGCGGAUCUGCGUUAGUGAAGGGUCCCCCCCAUUGCCGGCAUCAGUGUGGAACGCCGACUGUGGCCCAACGGUGCCGGGGACAGAGCCUCCCAAGAAAGGCGAGGAGCUCGCGGAGAUGAACCCCUGUCCGCUGGACGUCUGCUGCAACAUUUGGGGUAAGUGCGGCACAACAGUUGACUUCUGUAUCCCCUCCGAGUCCACGACGGGCAACCCCGGCACGUCCGCCCCCGGUGAAAACGGGUGUAUUGACAACUGCGGCAUGAAGAUGGUGAAUAACGACGAGCCGCCGGACCAGUACCGAAAGGUUGGCUAUUUCGAGGGCUGGAACUACAACCGUCCGUGCCUGAAUAUGCAUGUCGAUGACAUCCCCGACGGCUACACGCACAUCCACUUUGCCUUUGGCGAGUUCUCGUCUGACCUGAAAGUUAUCAUCAAAGAUGACCAUAAAGAGCAGUGGAAGGCCUUCCUCCACGCGGACCGGGACUACCGCAAGAUCCUGUCCUUUGGCGGAUGGGAAUUCUCCAAUGCCCCGGCCACCUCGGGCCUCUUCCGCCUGGCAGUGUCGCCGGGCAAUAGGGAGACGUUUGCCGAGAAUCUCGUCCAGUUUGCUCUAGACAACGACCUGGAUGGACUGGACUUUGAUUGGGAGUAUCCGGGUGCCACAGACAUUGAGGGAUCGGAGCCUGGCCAAGAGGACGAUGGCGAGAACUACCUCGAGUUUCUCAAGCUAGUGCGGGACAAGCUACCGGACGACAAGUCGGUUUCGAUUGCCACAGCGGCCUCCUUCUGGUAUCUCAAGGGUUUCCCCGUCAAGGAUAUGGCCCCGGUGGUAGACUAUUUCAUCCACAUGGCUUAUGAUCUUCAUGGCCAAUGGGAUGUGGGUAGGGAAUGGUCUAUGGAUGGAUGUCCAGCAGGAAACUGUCUCCGGUCUCAUAUCAACUCUACGCAGACGUACGACUCCCUCGCCAUGAUCACCAAGGCUGGCGUCCCAUCGCACAAGAUUGUCGUGGGCGUGACCAGCUACGGGAGAUCGUUUAAAAUGGCGGAUGCGACUUGCCGCGGCCCACUGUGCACCUUCCUUGGCGAGAGGAAUGAUUCCCCUGCAAAGCACGGCCGGUGCACGGAGACCGGCGGCUACAUCUCCAACUUCGAGAUCAACGAGAUUGUCGAGGAAGGUGGUGCCAUCAAAAGCUGGUACGACGAGGACACGGAUUCCGAUUACCUGGUCUAUGACUCCGUCGAAUGGGUGGCGUAUAUGACCGACAAGACCAAAGACCGCCGGCGUGGCCAGUACAAGGGCCUCAACUGCGGUGGUACUACUGACUGGGCCAUCGAUCUCCAAGGCGAAGGACGGCGUGCGAACACCGGGGACGUCAUCUAUCUGGACCCUGUCGUCUACCAGGAGCCAGAGGCCUGGUGCGAACCCCCCUGCGUGCUCGUGUUCCCCCCGAGCCAGCUUCCUUCUCACACCACCAUCGACCCGGGCACGUACGUCACGCCUCUUCUCUACGGCAAAACCGCUGAAACCACCAAGGACGGCGAGGUGAUCACCGUCUUUGUAACGCAGACCACGACCGUUACCCUAGAUCUUCCCCGAAUCGUUACUGACGAGGUGUCGUACUCCAACGUCAACAUUAGCCGGCAUCAAGACACCAGUGAGCUCUGGGUCGGGGUCAGUAUUCCUCUCGGACCUGUGACCGUGGGCCUGGACGAUGGUGAAGGCGGCACAACCACACGAACUCUGAGCCUCCCUGCGUGGCCGGCUGUGACUCAGGGCCCACCGGCUCCUGGUGAUGAUGACGACGAUGGUGAGGACGGCUGGGAAUACCCCAAUCCAACUGAGACCGCAGUUGAGCCAGAACCCACUACUACCGAGAUCAUACAGCCCGACCCGACAGCCUUGCCGACUUGGCGAACAUAUCCCCCGUACAUUGUCGAGCCCGUCGAAGACGACGGCGGCGGCAGCGACGACGGCGAUGAUGAUGAGGACGGCGUGAUCAUUACGAGUUGCAAGCUAUGGUUUUUCAAUAUAUGCCUUGGUGGGCGGUUCAAGUCGAUCAAAUGGACCCUCCCUCCCGGAGUCUACCCCCCCGGUCCGCCGCCCCCAGAUAUUAUCGGCCCCCCUGCAGACCCCAAGUUGACCGUCAAGGCGACGCUUCCCCCUUGGCCGCCACUCACCGUGGGCCGGGACAACAAGCUCACAUACAGCGAGGAGCCACCCUGUCAGACCGAGUCGGCCGAGCUCUGCUCUACGACGGUCACGGCGUCGGAGACCCUGGUUGGAACCAUCACGUCCACGGUCACUGCCACGUCGGCUGCCUGUGAAACCGUCUACGGCUGUUCCUUAACCGACUGGGAGUCGACCACGACGACUACAGCGCCAGUUUGCGAGCCCACGUCAAGGAGCGGCGAAUAUCAACCGCCUGCACAGGGGUGCCCGGCUCCGGCCAUCGUCUACCCCAAGGAUCCCGAGAACGUGGGCUCGAUUCCGAGCCUGCUCCAGGGAUAUGACGACUACGUGGAGGUUGGACUGACUACAGAAAGCUGGGUUGCCUUCUACUGGAUUCCCAUGCUCGCGAAACAGCCCGACGUCGGGUACGCAUACUACUACGAGGAGACCAACUACAACACUGGGUUCCCCUUUGAGCUGGAGGACACCCUCCACGACUGGGACCUCCCUCUCUCGCCCGAGGUGCAAGUCGACGAUCGAAUGCCGUCAGAUGAGCUGCGAGCGACUUUGGAUCUGGAUCCUGGCUCCCUAAACGACACGCUCCGGCUGGAGAUGCGGCAUGACAAAAGACAGGCCGAUGCCCGCGUGGCCCGAGAUACCCCCUAUUGGGCCGCCUCCCAAGUUUCCUUGCCCAAAGGCAGUGUCUGGGGCGCACCAGGCAGCGAGAGCUACUUCCCCCAAGCCGCCGAUGGCAACAAAUACCGGUACAACUACGACUCGGCGUCGCCGGCGGAUACCUAUGUGUACAUGCUGCACGACAAAGGCAUCUGGAAUACGCACCCUGAGUUUGCGGGUCGGAGUAUUGAGUACCUGGACCCGACGCACGACUUCGGGCCUGACUCGCCCCCCAGUACGGAUCAUAAACAUGGAUCGGGGGUGGCCGCCAUGGUGGUCGGGAAUCAGCUGGGCCUGUGUCCAGCGUGCACCUUGGUCGUGGUCACCACCCCGCGGCCCGUCUCGCAGGCGCAAGACUGGCCGCAACUUCCCUUCGAAAAGAUCAUUGCGCAAAUUCUAGACGUCGUGGAUGAUGUCAAAAGCAAGAACCGGCAGGGGAAAGCGGCCAUCAACAUGAGUUUUUCUUACAAACUAACCAAUCGCCUGCCGCCGAUGUUCUUCAUCUGGUUCCGGUGGCUCCUUCAGAAGCUGGACGAGGAAAACGUCGUCAUCGUUGUGUCGGCCAACAACCAUGCGCGUGAAGAGGGCGUCGAUGUGCAAAGAUAUCCGGCCAAGUUCGCGGACCCCAACGAUCAGUACGGCGGCUUUCCCAACAUGAUCGUGGUCGCGUCCGCCAACGCCAAAACCCAGCGGGCGGUUUCCUCCAACUACUCCCCGUGGGUCACGACGUUUGCGCCUGGAGACGGCAUCCACUGCCCCGCCGCCCCCGGCUCGAGCGACCCCAUGCGAGUGUGCAAGGGCACUUCCUUUGCCGCCCCCCAGGUCGCGGCCCUGGCCAAUUACUUCCGCACCGUGCCUUCGCGUUGGCAGUCGCAGCUGGACAAGCCCAGCAACGUGAAGAAGCUCAUCCAGCUCUUUGCGCGCCGGUUCGCCGUCAACACGCCCGUCGAUCCCGCCGGGCGGCGGCCGAUCAUCUGGAACGGCCAGGUGGGCGAGCACAGCUGUCUCCACGACUACGGGUCGGAGGACGACUGGGCCAAGGUGUGCCCAACCAUCCAGGACAAUCUCGAAGACGAGCCCCUCAACCCGGGCGAGGCCGUGGAGCCUUGCACCGCCGGCGCCAGCAGCAAUCCCGCGCGACGGCAAUCCGGCGGCGGGGGGAGCUGCCCCUAUAUCCCCGGGGAUCGAGGGCCCGGCAAGAACGUCAACUGGGACCAGGGCCCGUCCGGACCCGAAUGUACCAGCGAUGACCACUGCGGCGGAGAGCUGUGUAAGGGAUACUACUGUGACCCCGACCCGGAGAUCCCCCAUCCCCCGGAUUACUAUGACCCCAAGGACCCGGACAACCCCCAUGGGCAGCCCGCAGCGCCUCCUCCGAAGCCCUCGUCCACCACGACCAGCACCGCCCCAACACAGACAGCAGGGCCCCCCGAAGGAACAUUCCCAAUGGACUUCUGUAUCGGCUCCUCCGUGACACCCACCGGGCAAUAUCCCGUCUACGCCUAUAGCGCCUAUGGUGCGAGUAUGUGGCCUUCUAUCCCCUCCUCCGAUCCCAUUAAUAUAUUCAAGACAGACGAGCUAACCCUCCCCCCUCCAGUGGCGCCCUGCAACGGUAUCUUCAUUGUCGAUGGCAAUAUCGGCUCCUCUCCAGAUAUCUGCGAAGCGCCCAACACCAACUUCUCGAUCGAUCAAUGCGGCACCGACCUGACCUUUAUCAACGAGGGUCCGGAGCUCAUUUCCGGAUGCGGCUUCCAACUCGAAAUCGCGGGCAAGAAGUAUACCCCACGCAAGCUGGACCCCUUGGAUGAGAAUAACCCGUGUUCGGGCCGCUGUGACCUGGCGUCGAUUACGGGGCUGCUGUUGUAUGAGGAUUUACCUAUGCCUGAUUGUGAUCUAUCGAAGAGAUGGUUGGGGAAGAGGAAUUAG